AACUUAGUGCGAAAAAGGGAAUUUCGUUCGUUAUGAUAUGUUUAACCUGUAAUGCAGUGUUUAUCGGCCACAAGCACUAGUUCAAGCCGUAUCGCGUUUCUUUCUUGAACUGUAGUACAUCAACGUAUCGUAUAGUGUGUAAUUAUAAUGGGUAUCGACAUUGAUCAUAAGCGCGGCCAUAAGGCUAAGCGGACUGCUCCAAAGUCAAAAGAUGUAUAUUUAUUGUUGUUGGUCAAGUUGUACCGUUUUUUGGCUCGUCGUACCCGUUCUCAUUUCAACAAAAUCAUUUUAAGACGUUUGUUUAUGUCUCGCAUCAACAGGCCACCAUUAUCUUUGAGUGCUAUUGCCUCAAAAAUGAAUAAGAUCAACGACGAAAAACGCAUUGCUGUUGUUGUCGGCACGAUUGUUGAUGAUAAGAGGCUGUUUAAAACGCCCAAAAUUACAGUGUGCGCUCUUCGUGUAACUGCUGGGGCUAGGGCUCGUAUCUUGAAAGCUGGUGGUACCAUUUUAACUUUUGACCAACUUGCAUUAAAAGCUCCAACUGGUAAAAAUACUGUUUUAUUACAAGGUAAGCGUAAUUCUCGUGAAUCAGUCAGACACUUUGGUCCUGCUCCAGGUGUUCCACACAGUCAUACUAAGCCUUAUGUUCGCUCAAAGGGUCGUAAGUUUGAACGUGCACGUGGUAGAAGACGUGGAUGUGGUUUCAAGAAAUAAUCACCCUCUCUUUUUACUCUAUAUUAUUUUUAUUAUAUAUUUUGUGAAAAUAAAGGGACCGUUGUCAAUAAAUA